AUGUCUGACAACGAGGAAGCGGUGGAGGAGUAUGAGGAGUAGCAGGGGGUAGAGGAGGAGGAGGUGGAGGAGGAGCAGGAGGAGGAGGCGGCAGAGGAAGAGGCCGUGCAGGAAGAGGACGAACCUGCUGCAGAGGAGGAGGCCAACCAAGAACAAGAUGGAGAAGAGGAAGCAGAGGAGGGGGAAGAGGAGGAGGCCAAACCAAAAUUCAAGCCAUUUAUGAUGCCCAACCUCAUCCCUCCUAAGAUCCCAGACGGAGAGAAGGUGGAUUUUGAUGAUAUACAUCGUAAAAGGAUGGAGAAAGACCUGAUGGAGCUUCAGACUUUGAUCGUGGUUCACUUUGAGAGCAGAAAGAAGGAAGAAGAUGAUAUCAUUAAUCUCAAGGACAGGAUUGAUAAGCGCCGUUCUGAGCGAGCAGAGCAGCAAAGGAUCCGAAGUGAGAGGGAUAAAGAGCGACAGAAGCGUCUUGAGGACGAGAGAGCUCGCAAGGAGGAGGAGGAGGCCAAGAAGAGAGCAGAUGAUGAUGCUAAGAAGAAGAAAACCCUCACCAGCCUCCACUUUGGAGGUUACAUGCAGAAGUUGACAGAAAAACGGAGUGGUAAGAGGCAAACUGAGAGGGAGAAGAAAAAGAAAAUCCUGAGUGAAAGACGCAAAUCUCUGGACAUCGAAAACAUGAGCCAGGACAAACUCAAGGAGAAAGCUAAAGAGCUGUGGGAGUGGAUGCACGAGCUGGAGGCAGAAAAGUUUGACCUGCAGUACCAGCUCACCAGUCAGAAAUAUGAGAUUAAUGUGCUGAGGAACCGUGUCAGCGACCAUCAGAAAUCAUCCAAAAGGACCAAAAGAGGCCUGAGGAAAUAGCUGAAGACGUGCAGAGUGAGCAAU